AUGUUGGACAAAAUACUGGGACUCCAAGUGCCUCAAAAAUUUCAGGAAGGUGUAGAGCUGUUAAUGCUGAAGAGCGGCGUGAACAGCAGCGGGUCGGGCGAGGAGGAUGUGUCGCCGCUGUGCUGGCGCUGCCGCCGGCACGCGCCGCCGCUCGCGGCCCAGUGCCCGCGCUGUAGGCACCAGCCGGCGUACUCAUUGGCUACACACGAAGUGCUACCACUGGUUCAGUUCGAGCCAGCUGAAGGCAUCACUCACGAGGAAGCUAUGGACUUGAUCCAACGUAUGCCCAUACCGGAGGUAGAAAAGGCACAAGUCGAAGGAGCAGACAUCUUACGAAUAGACCACGACAUUGACUAUUCAGACCCUUUCCUUGAUAAAGUAGAGGAGGACGAGGAAGGCAUGGUGGUGUGCAGUCGAUCAGCGCUGCUGCACCUGAGCCCGGUGUGCGUGGUCGUGGUGGAGCGGCCGCCGUUGUCCCCGCAGUACUACCGGAACAUGCUCCCGGAACUACCCGUCACCACUUGUCCCUCCUGCCACAAUUUAUUCUAUAUGGAGGACUAUGAAAUUCAAAUGGUUACGAAGGGCCAUUGCACGUUCUGUAGACAUCCGGCUGAAAGUAUAAAGGAUUCCGAGGAAAGUAAAGAUGAAUCACUUACAAAUGGUUCUGGAUCAACAACACCGAGGAGCCCCAGCAAUGAACACGAUACAUGGCAA